AUGAAGAUGAAGACUCCAGAAGACGAUGUCUCACUGGCAGAUGGAAAGGGAUACAUGGUAACCGAGGAACCUUAUCAAACUCACAUAACAGAAUCUGUUGAAGAGAGAGAGGAAUCAUCUUGUAGUAAUCACCGAGCUGUGAAUGCAGCCAAUGUUCAGAGAAGCAAUCUAAGGGCUACAGGAGUUGGGGCAACAGCAUGUGCUAGGCAUGGAUGUUUUGUUCCUCAUGCAGUGGUCGACUUUCAAAAGGGGGAACGUGCGCUAAUAAUCUAUGAUGUUGCAUGCCAGUGGAGUAUCCACUUCCAUGAAAGGGUGGACCGGAGCUAUCACCUGUCUCUUCCCCAAUCGAUUGAAAUAUUGCCUGCAAUUGGCAAGUUUCAUUUAAGCGCCCAUAAGCUACUAUGCUUUCCUAGAUCCAUGACUCUCGCUCACAGAAAGGAAGUCUUGGAUGACCAUAUGAGAGAUUCCAAUUGGAAGAAGCUCGUUGGAAUUGGCAAGUCCUCCUGA